AUGUCUGCAACAUACAACAAGCAUAGCAAUGCGUCUAGAGCUUCUAUCGAGCAACAUGCCUGCACUAAGGACUACGCUCCUUCUUCCGCUUCUGGCAUCGACUCUCCGACGAGUCAACAACUCUGGCCUUCGAACUCCCAGGAAUCUAUCGCUGCCGAAUCUCAACAGGAGAGUCGGUCGGGAGAGGUCCUCGUAACUGGAGGAACGAUGAUGUUCAUGGCAACGAAGAUCCUUCAUACCAUCUCGCAAGCGGCCGUUGUAGGGAACCCCAGAAUUCAGAUCACCCGCGCCGUCGAACAAGAUCUCGAAUCCUUCUAUUGGGUGAUUCUAUACGUUGUCUAUAGGCGCACACUCCAGGACGAGGAACAACCAGCUCGCGACGUAGCACACGCGGCGAUCAGGGCCGAGUUCAACUCGCUCUUCUUCGCUGUAAGCACAAGUCAACUGGCGGAGGAGCGACAACGACGACUACUGAGUGGGAAUGUGAUAGCCGCACGGGGGAUGGGGAAGCUACUGCGCCACCAUGAGCAACACUGCAAGCCGCUGGCGGGUUUACUCCUGGUCAUGUGGAGAGCACUUCGGGAGUGCGCAAGCUGGAUUCCCCCGGAAGUCCCAGAAUGGCAUAUCGCAUACGCACAGGCCGAAUUGACGGCACUAAACGAAGACUUACGGCGACGCGGCCUACCGCAGUCGGAGUGCAGCCCACGGCCGGAGGAGUCGGAGGCGAUCUAUCAUUGUGAUUUAAUCGUCACUAUCAACCGGAUGCUCGAACAGCUCGAUGUGGCUUUCUGA